UUGUACAUAAAAAUUGAAUAGAUAAGGAAAAAUUAGUGAAAAAGAGUGAGAAACGUCAAAUUUUGGUCUAAAAUAAUUAAAACUGGCAUCAAUUUUAAAGAAUUUCAACAUAAAUAUCGAAAAAAAAUAAUUUUUGUUUAAAAAAUAAACAAAAGUGACCUUUGUACCUUAAAUUGUUUAUAAAAAAUUUGAUAAAAAUUCAAAGAAAAAAUUAAAAUGAUACGAAAAUCGACUCUUAAAGUUGCACAUUUGGCUCAAAUACUUACAAAAAGGCUUUGUAGCAGCAGUUCAUCGAUGUUAAACGUAAAAAUCGAUGAAAAAACCGAAAUAGCAAUUUUAGAGUUCAAUCGCCCGCCCGUGAACAGUCUCAGUUUGGAAUUUUCGCAAGAAAUCACCCGUAAAAUUGAUGAAUUGACCAAAAAUCGUGCAAAUGGCUUCAUUAUUACCUCAGCUUUGGACAAAGUUUUCUGCGGGGGCUUCGAUAUUCAAGAAAUGAACAAGCCCGACUUGAAUCGAGCUGAAAAGGCAUGGCGUGCGCUUCAAGAAGUAUGGUUCAAAAUCUAUAGUUCUCCGUUAUUGACAGCAGCAGCAAUUAAUGGACACAGUCCCGCUGGCGGAUGCAUGAUGGCUUUAGCUUGUGAACAUCGUGUGAUGUUGCCCAACUUCAGAAUUGGCUUGAAUGAAGUGCAAUUAGGGCUGGAAGUGCCCGAAUGGUUACGAGCGACAAUGAGAAAUGUCUUGAGUCGACGUGAUACGGAACUGGCACUUACUUUGGGGACGAUUUUUAGUACCGAAGAUGCGCUGAAGGUCGGAUUAAUUGACGAAUUAGCGAAUUCAAAAGAAGAAGCCAUAGAAAAAUGUAGAAAUUUCAUGUUACAAUUCGAAAAAAUUGCUCCUGAGGCACGAUCUCGUACCAAAUUGGGCUUAAGACGUGCGGAAAUUCAAGAUUUUUUGGCAACUCGUGAAGAUGACGUUCAAAUGUUUGUGCGAGACAUCCAAAAAGAGAGUUUUCAAGAAGGCAUCGAGCUUUAUUUGAAAUCACUCAAGAAGAAAAGAAACAAUUAA